AUGUUUUAAAGCUGCGACGCAGCUCUCACUGGCGCAAGUAUGGCCACCCCCAGGCUGGAGAAGAACUUCUUGCGGCUGCUGGUGAGAUGCGAGUCGAUGGCGGCGGAGAAGAGAGACGAGAAAGACUGGCGCUUCGAGAAGUAUGUUGAAGCUCUUCAAGAAAUGUUGACUGAAUUGAAGAAGCACAUGAGCAGUAAACCUGCUCCUGAAGUUAUAAAUGAAUAUAACCGCAAAGUGGAAUUCAUGAAAGGGCUUCUGGAGGCAGAGAAACUGCCUAACCCCUCUGAAAAGGCUCUGGCUAAUCAGUUUUUAGCCCCCGGGCGGACUUCGACAACUGGGAAAGAGCGGGUAUCUGCCACCAAGACCGUCCACCUACAGACGAAAGCCAGGUACACGGGAGAGAUGAGGAGCGAACUCCUUGGUGAGCCAUUGCUCUGUGCUGACGGUUCAGGUGACGCGGAACUGAGGAAGCGAAGUGGAAUGGGAGAUGAGAAACAGUCGGCCUCUGAAAUGGAUACCCUUCUCCACCAUCACCACAAUGUGCAGGAGCGCCUUGCGGAGGAGAUGCUGAACCUGGCCCGGAACUUGAAGAACAACACCCUGGCCGCGCAGAACGUCAUCAAGAAGGACAACCAGACGCUGACUAUGUCCUUGCGAAUGGCGGAUCAGAACUUCGAGAAGCUGAAGGUGGAAUCUGAGCGGCUGGAGCAACACGCAAAGAAAUCUGUCAACUGGCUGCUGUGGCUGAUGCUGGUCGUGGUCUGUUUCAUCUUCAUCAGUAUGAUCCUUUUCAUUCGCAUCUUCCCCAAGCUCAGGUGAUCAGGGUGCUGCCGUUUCUCCUCUGGGUCGUAGACCAUGGGGGCUGGAGUCAAACUGGCUCAGUCCUCCCUCCUUCUGGAAAAACAAAGACUUGCUCAUUUCACUGACUUUGCAGAAUCCAAGUGCGACCCGGUCUUCCCUGCAACCUUCAUCACGUGCUCCGAGAGGAUCUUAAUCCAAGAGUAAUAAAUUAUUGAGAGGUGUUGACAUGUUUGCGGGCUCCUGAACCACAAGCUGCUUCCCAUGCCUUGUGUCUAUGCACGGGCCGAAAAACCACUAAAACACUUUUUGAAACUGCAGCAGCAAUUUGAGGUGCAGUGUUUUGAUUUGAUGAUCUGUUUUAUGGCUUAUCACUAUCAGCUGAUGUUUAGAAACAUAGAGACAUAGAAAAUAGGUGCAGGAGUAGGCCAUUCGGCCCUUCGAGCCUGCACCACCAUUCAGUAUGAUCAUGGCUGAUCAUCCAACUCAGAACCCUAUACCUGCUUUCCUUCCAUACCCCAUGUGAUUUUUUUCACAAAAUAGAGACCCUGGUACCAUAGAAGCCAUAUUGAGUGAGGUGUCAGGCAGAGUCAUGGAAGAAGAUUCCAGGAAAUUGUAGAUGGGCUUCCACUCUGAACGGAGGCUGAGAUGGCAGGAGGAAGGGGAAUGGAUUGAGGGACUUCUGGAGCUUGGAGCCCAUGCAACUGGAAUUAAUAUUGCCACAGAGACGGGGUGGUGUGUACAAUCUCUAGGAUUUAGGGGACUGGAGAAGGUUUGACGUGAAGCUUCUCUGUGGAGCUGAAGGUUAGUAUUUUUCAUGAGGGGUGAGGAGGUGGUCUGGAGGAUCUUCCAGCAUGAUACAGGAUCGUGUGCAGGACAACCUCGGGUUUGUACUUCAGAAGCCACCUAGUUCAUUAAUGGGAGGACCCGGGAUCUGUUGCAGUUGGUGAAAUUAAGUGAUGGAGCAAGGUACUGGAUCCAGUGACCCGGAAAGUCAUUUGUCAUUGUCUCACAGCAUGGAAACCGCCAUUCAGCCCAUCGGGUUCAUACUGAGCCAUGGGCACCCACCUGUAUUAAUCCCAUCUUCCAGCAUUUCUCCCAUAGUCGUAUAUGCCUAGGUGAUUUACAUCUAGGCAUCUCUCAAAUACUGUUCUCUGAAUUUCCAAUUUUCAUUGAGUAAAACAUUUUUAGUUUGUAAAUUCCAUCUGGAUAUAAGUAUAAUCUUUGAAUAUUAUCGUUUAAAUGUCCUAAAUAUUGCAGAUUCAGUUGUCAAUAACUCCAUACUCGCCUGAUGAUGAAGUUAUCAAUGAUGUUUUACUUUGCUAUGUGAUGAACUGAAGCUGAGGCUGUGGGUCUGCUCCAGGCUUCGUGUUUGAGGACUCGCGUUCUAAAUACGAUUUGCUUACUUUCAUUAUUUGCACAGUUUGUGUUUUCCCUCUGCACAUUGGGUGUUUGUCAGUCUUUUUUAAAAUGGGUUCUUUUGGGUUUCUUGUUUUGUGGCUGCCUGUAGGUAGAUGAAUCUUGUAUAAUGUAUACAUACUUAGAUAAUAAAUGCGCUUUGAAACUAUGACGUAGUGCUGAUAAUGUGCAAAACUGAUGCGUUAAAGAAUUGAAUCCUCAUUUGCUAAUAAACUUAAUUAUGCAAUGUUAAGAA